CGUUCGAUCACCAGUGUUUUGAAUUCAACGGUUUCGUUCGUUCUUGUGAUUUCAAUCAGGAAGCAACACCCUCAACCGUCGAUGGAAAUGGAAGUAUUCGAGUUCAAAAAAUCGCUCCUAGUGCGCCACCAAGAGGCCACUCACGUGCUGAACGUUCGUGGUGUUCCCAUACCGGCGUCUGCGGUUAAGAAAGAGUGGUCCCUCUUCCUAGAGGUAGCUAUGGAAUCCAACGGAUGGCAGGCGCUUUGGCGGAUACCCCGAGCCGUAUGCCAGGAGCUGUCCAAGAAGUUUCCCACCGUUGUCGCGGGGACAGUUGAGAAGGUGCUUUUCGAUGAAUUGAAAGCUAUCAUUUACGUGGAAGCCGUUGAAGAUGAUGAUCUUCAUUUGCCGGAGAGGCAGCUCGUUUCCCUCAGUGAACUAUGGCCGCUAAGGCAUCAGAAGAACACCCUGCUUAAUGUCGAACGAACGGCGGAUUGUUUGGAUCAGUUGAGGUUCUUCUACCAGCACGUUUGGAUGCCUUGGGAUUACGACAACGAUGAUGAUGAUCGAGACUGGGGCGUAAAACACCUGGACAGUAGAAUGAAAUUCUACUGUGAUCUAAAGAAUCGGACAAUGCCAAAGAGAUUGACUAGCCAUGUGUUGACUUUGCUGGACGAAGCAAAUCAACUGCAGAAAAAGCGUGAACUGCUUACGCUUCAUAUGGACGACGAAGAUGAAGUCGCUUUGAUGGAUGGUUGUCCCGCUAGCGAGCUACUUAGGAUUCGUUUGCGCAUCCAAGACAUCAAGAAUGAAAUCGAAACGUUAGAGUUUUUCGCUCCAAAGAUGCGAAAAAUUUACGAACAGGUUCGUUUUCCAAAAGAAACUUACUAUUCAAAAGAUCAACCGUCUGGAGACUAUAACCCUGAUUCAGAUUCAUCGGCCUACGUUGUGACUCAUAUUGGAAGCCUUGCACAACAGAUUGACUAUCUGGAGACAGCAAAGCGGCUUGUUGGUACUCUGACACCUGUCCGGAUCUGCUACUCCCUUCAGGAUGCCCUCGAUAGGAGCGAAUCGUCAGCGCAAAUGUUGGUUUCACCUGGACGCCAUGACAUUAAGUUGCGUGGCGAUUUGAGCAGCAAAGGAUCAAUUCAAGCUGUCGUUGGAGAUCGAAGUAAAACUGUGAUCUGUUCAAGACAGGAUGAUAAUGCUCUUUUGACUAUUACGGGGGAUUAUCGCUUGGAAAACGUCACACUGGAUUGCACCAACGUUCAAACGGGAAUUCUGAUAAAGCGUGGAACGAUUAUGUUGAAAAAUUGUUGUCUCAAGGGCGAUCCGAGAGAUGUGUCCAGUAGUGGGAUCCUCAUUUGCGGAAAUGCAACGUUACUGCUGGAGAACUGCCAAGUGCAAAACUUUUCCACCGGAAUAAGCGCCAACGCAUCAGACUGUGAUAUUCGUCUGCUAAACGAAACCACCGUACAGGACUGCAUCGAGGGGAUAAAGUUGGUCGAAGGCUGCAGGUUCGGUGUUUCUUCGUCGAAAAUUAUCAACUGUCGAAACUAUGGAGUCGUUUUGGAAGUAGAAGAGGAGUAUGAUGGUCAACAACGGGACGAAGCAAUAACAUGUUACCACGACCACUGGCGGCUUUCAGAUCGAGAAGAGUUCAAUAUCGGAAAAGCCUGCCAGUUUGAAAGUAAUGGCAGGGGUAAUUUUGCUAUUGUUAAUACCAAUUAUUAGUUUUUUUUUUAUUUUAAAUAAUUUGAAUUUCAAAGUUAUUUCAGACUAAAUAUAU